AUGGCUAGGUGCUACAUGUUGGCAUCUAUGUCUUUAGUACUCAAGCAUCAGCAUUCUGCCAUGGCAACUGCCGCCGAGAUUAUGCAAAAUCUUGCAAAUCUUUUUGGUACUCAGAAUCGAACGGCUAAGUCUCAAGCCUCUCGGAGUAUCAUGACGAAGACUAUGAAGGAAGACACAUCUGUGAGCUUCCAGCAGUUCAAGCUCAACUUCGAGAUGAACAAGCGGGAUUACACUUUGGUUGAGCUGCUGACUGAGCUUCAGUCGACGGAGGACCUCAUGGUUCAGGCUAAGGAAAGAAAAUGGCGUCGAACCCAGUUACAGCUAAGAAUGCUAAGGGAGGGAAGGAAGAAGAAGGCCGAUAAAAAGCCUACUGGAAAAUGCUUCAAGUGUGAGAGAGUAAGGAGUUCAACCAGUCAUAUAGCUAAGAAAGAGCAUGCAUCACUUCUUGAGGAUUUUAGGGAGUUUGACCGUACAAGAUUAGACCUUGAAGACGGCGGUGGUUCUUAUGAUCAAGCUCUUCUCAAGGAGCGCGCGGAAUUCCAGCCAGGUAAUGGUCAGGUGGACUCUGUGAUAUCUCAAGCACAAGAAACAUUGAAGUCCCUGGUCUUCCAGCGUUCCACAUUUGGGGGCAUCAAUUCGAAGCUAAGUAAUGUGGGCAGCCGCCUUCCGACUGUGAAUCAUAUUCUCUCAGCAAUAAAGAAGAAAAAGUCCAUGGACACCAUCAUACUUUCCUUAGUUGCAUCUGUUUGCACAUUUUUAAUAUUAAUUUACUGGUGGACCAAGUAG